GAUAUAUUUGUUAUAUUAGAUCAUAGAAUUGGAUGACAUGAGAGACUUUGCCACAGAAUAUAUCAAAACUAUUGUCAGUUCAGCGCUCGAAACACUUAACUCACAACCAAUAGACAUCGAUAAGUGUCUGAUAAAGACGUCGCGAAGUGAUAACCAAUGCUUCGAAUCGGGCCAAUGGAUGUCACGGAUCAGACAAGUGUUCACUCGACUCAUGCGUUCGGCCUGUCUUUGCAAAAGCAAACAUCAGUUCCGUCACAGGAAGUCGUGACCAGAUUUUAAGGCAAUUAUUGCUCAAUAAUUGACUCAAUCCUCUCAUUGUAAACGUAUUUUGGGAACAAAUAGCCAAACAUUUGCCAUAAUUUCACAAUAAUUAUUCACAAUAACUAUUGUGAAGUCCUUCUUGUCUUUCAAGUG